UAACUAUACGCUAUUUAUAUAAAUCCUGUUUGCACGGUAUGUUUGAGUGAUUGAUUAGGUGUCACACUUUCUGUUGAUAUUAGAAUGUGUAUUCCUAAUGAGUCUACUGUCGGAACGCCUGUAGUAUACCGGCUGGUCCGUGCAACUAAAAAUCAAAUCAAUACCGGGAUAUAUAUACUGCAUUUAGAAUCGAGACUCCAUACCUUACGGUGUGUUUGUUGAAUUUUAAUUGGAAAUGCCAGUUUUGUCUAUUUUGCAUUCUUCGAUAUGUUGGUUCCUCUAUCAGUGAAUUUUUUGAGCAGGUAUCAUCGGUACAGUAUGCGCAUCAUCGCCAUGAUUGUCCUCGUCAUCAUCGUUAUCACGUCACUACGAUCCUUGAUAAUAAUGGAUGCGUGUAUCACUUCAGUUGGAGCGGAAAUUGAACCUGCCCAUCGUCAUCAAAGCAGAAAGAUUAAUGGUGAUGUAAAUAUUCGUUACUUUGAACGCAUACCUGGCGAAGAGUAUGGCUAUAUCCACAAUCCUCGUAACAUCUGUAUGGGUGAGGGUGGUAAAAAAGAACCAAUAUUUCUCCUGUUUCUGGUAAUGUCAACUCCACGAGAGAUUUCUUUGAGAGAAGCGAUUCGAGACUCAUACGCAAACGAUACAAACUGGCCAGUCCUGGAAGAAGGCUCGGUCAGGACCGUGUUCCUCAUCGGCGACAUCGACGCACACGAUUACGUAACCCAAGAUGCCAUCAACGGUGAGAUGUACUACUAUGGUGACAUCGUACAGUCGACCGAGUUCGUAGAUUCCAAAUCAAAUCAAACAAGGAAAAUUAUCAUGGGGUUUCGAUGGGUGAAGGACCACUGCCGUCACGCCCUCUACGUCAUGAAAAUUGAAGAGCGGAGCAUGGUGAACCAAAGGACUCUUCUCAAACGCCUCAGAGGGGAUCAUGACCAGAAACAUUUCCUAUUGGGGGAUGUAGUAACAGAUGUUCAAGCAUUGCGUGACAAUAUGCGUUUCAAUAUACCCCCUGAUAUCCUACAUCCUAAUGGAACUUUACCACCCUUUUUCUACGGCGCAGGGUAUAUACUGUCCUUUGACGUUGUGGAAGCUAUUUACCAAGUUUCCUUUAGCAUCCCAUUUGUUAUGAAUACAAAUGUUUAUAUUGGAUUAUGUCUUCAAAAACUUGGCAUCACAUUGAUCCAGACUCCUGAUAAUGGAUCCUUCUCGAAGAAAAUCAAUUAUAACGAAUCCGGACGCAAUGGUGUCGAUAAGUUUAAUCAAUGCAUAGCUAUACCACAUUUAUCUGAAACUGAAAUGUACAUUCUCUGGCGAUUUGGAAAAAUAUCUUUUUAAGCAUAUAAAUCUGCGACAGAAAAGCAAAUGAGCAUAUACAGAAAUAAGAGAUUUAUACAUCCAAUAAGUCAAUAAUCGGAUAUCGUCCCCGGUCACCAAACAAACUCGAUAUACAACGGGAAGUAUAACGAUGGUGCGCAGCAUAAGAUCAUGGUAACUCUUCGGUGAUAUAUUAGGGUUAGCUAGCCUGUCACCGAAAACAGACAGAAAAAAGUUUCACAAUUUAAAGGAAGAAUUGUUAUCCUGAAUCGAAAAAAAAAACAUUGCUAAUCGGGCACGCGGAGACUGUGAUUGAAACCGCCAUAAUGGCAGAAAUCUCAGUUACGUCUGCUCUGAUCACCACUCUACCUGCAGUC